AUGAUUGUCUUACUCAUUUACGUUGAUGAUAUUAUUGUCACAGGGUCUUGUUCAGCUACCAUCUCCUCUUUGGUUGCCUAUCUUCGUACAAAAUUUGCAGUCAAAGAACUUGGUAAUCUACACUACUUUCCUGGCAUCGAAGUGUCUCGGUCUGCUAACGAUCUUCAUCUCAGCCAAGCUAAGUAUAACUCCAAAUCACUUGCUACGUCUAUUGCCUUGGGCACCUUGUCUCUUCAUAAUGGUGAACCAUUGACUGAUCCUAUUGAAUAUAGAAGUCUCAUUGAGGCCUUGCAAUAUUGCACUUUGACCAUGCUAGAUCUCUCUUUCGCAGUCAAUAAAUUAUGUCAAUUUAUUCAUUCACCCACUACUAUUCAUAUGCAAGCGAUUAAAAAAGUUCUUCGUUAUUUGCGAGGUACCGCCCAUCUUGGUUUCUUCCUUCAACCAUCUCUUGAUCACACUCUUUAUGCCGAUACUGAUGCAGAUUGGGCCUCUUGCCCCAAUGACCGUUGA